AUGCCCACUUGGCUAGUGCACGGUUUUCGCUGGCCACGCGCUCAGGUGCGCAUCCACACCAUUCUCCAGAACCUCGACGAUGUAGCUCCCGAAUGGGUCAUGGCCCCCGCGACCCAGGCCUGCCUGCACAAGAACUUCCAAGAUCAAUGGCCUGAGACUAUCGCGCGAUUGCCAGGUCUGCAGUUCAUCGAGCAAUACGAUCCAGAAGACCUCACAGUGAAGGACCAGCCCUACGCAUAUGUGUGCGAUCAGGUCUACGAUAUCAAGCUAGAGGUAGAUAUCGAUGAGGUACGAGGACGCGGCGUGCCAGACGAGCAGUGGGCAGCGAUAGCAGAACUGAGGGACAAGGUCACUCCAGACGCGAAGCUGGGUUGGUUCGUAGUGGUCAACGGCGAUGUGGAGCGCUGGGCGCCGCCUCUGGAAGCCGAAGACGAACUGCAAGGCUAUGACGAUGAGGAAGAAGCCGAAACAAAGACUCUGAGCCCACCGGCAAGAAGUCCAAGGGGUAGCAUAUGGACAGGCAGCAAUAGUGACACGGCGAACGGGCAGGAAUCUGCAAGACCCUCGACAAGUCGAAGCAUGAAGAAUUGGAUAGGCGGGAUAAUACGCAAAACACGAAGUUCCAAGAGUCUUAGGAGUGAAGCACGAGCAAAGACUCCGCCUCCAGUCCCACCGUUACCACCCAUGUCGCCCAAGCAAGCUUUGCAGUCACCACCCAGGACGGCCAACGGCAAAGCACCGAUGGCACUUCGCCCAGCACGAUAG